GUUCCGGUUGUUCUUUUGUGUUAGUUUUGUGAACAAGUUAACUAGCAGAAGGACUUAGGCUAUGUAACGGUAACUCAGCUGCUAGACUAGUGUUAGCAUAGGUAUUUCUGUCACUUUCAGUCACUGGCUGUGUACGUUCCUGCUUGCAGUUUGCUUACCUAGCCGUCAAGUUGAUUAUAAUUACAUUUUGUUGUAAAACGUACAUUCGCACAAGAUAUGACAGAUAUUGUCUUGUCAACAUACCUGUCAGUGUUGGCCAUUGGGCGUAGCCAACUACAGUGUAGACUAUUAGGAAAUGGAAGUAAAAUAAGAGUAUGGAAUAUAGCGUUUUUUUCCUGCAGCCUUUAAAGCUAGACGGCUAACUUGCAAACAGCAAACGUGAACGUGCUUCGUAGCUUGUGUUUCACACGUACCUUGGCUUUUACUAAAAUGACUGAGCUACUCCGAACUCCAGUCAUUCCUCCGGCUAUGAUCCGCAGCGCGUCAACAGGGACGCUGGAAGUGAAGGAACCGUUGAAUUUCUGGUGCGGUGGUCGAGUGAAGGCCAAGGAUGUGAAAAACGCCGAGCCUGUUUAUGAACCUGCAACAGGGCGUGUUCUGUGUCAGAUGGUGCCAUGUGGGGCUGAGGAGGUGGAUAAAGCCAUACAAAGUGCCCAGUCAGCCUUUCUGAAGUGGCGCAAGAUGGCGGGCAUGCAGAGAGCUCGCAUAAUGCUGGAGGCUGCUCGCAUAAUCAGGGAACGGAGAGAUGAUAUUGCCAAGUUAGAGGUCAUCAAUAACGGGAAGUCCAUUACAGAAGCGACUGUGGACAUAGAUAUAGCUUGGCAGUCCAUUGAGUAUUAUGCUGGCAUGGCUGGAACCUUGGCAGGCCAGCACGUCCAGCUUCCCGGGGGUGCGUUUGCCUACACCCGGCGCGAGCCCCUGGGUGUGUGUGUGGGAAUCGGCGCCUGGAACUACCCCUUCCAGAUCGCAGCCUGGAAGUCUGCCCCAGCUCUGGCCUGUGGCAAUGCCAUGGUGUUCAAGCCUUCUCCCAUGACCCCCGUGACGGCUGUGGUGCUGGCUGAGAUCUACGCCGAGGCCGGCGUCCCAGAGGGGCUUUUCAACGUGGUGCAGGGCGGGGCCGAGACGGGCACUCUUCUCUGCCACCACCCUUUGGUGGCAAAGGUCUCCUUCACUGGCAGUGUCCCCACAGGCAAGAAGAUCAUGGAGAUGGCUUCCAAGGGGGUGAAGCCUGUGACCCUGGAGCUGGGGGGGAAAUCUCCACUGAUCAUCUUCCAGGACAGCGACAUGGAGAACGCUGUGAAGGGGGCACUCAUGGCCAACUUCCUGUCCCAGGGUGAGGUCUGCUGCAACGGGACACGGGUCUUUGUCCAGAAGGAGGUCCUGCCCAAGUUCUUGGAGGAGGUGGUGAAGAGGACCAAGGCCAUCCCAGUCGGGGACCCCCUGCUGGAGGGAACGCGCAUGGGCGCUCUGAUCAGCAAACCUCACUUGGAACGAGUGCUGGGUUUCGUCGCACAGGCCAAGAAAGAGGGUGCCAGGGUGCUGUGUGGAGGGGAACCCUUGGUCCCCGCUGACCCCAAACUGCAGGGAGGCUACUUCAUGUCCCCGUGUGUUCUGGACAACUGCAAGGAUGACAUGACGUGUGUGAAGGAGGAAAUCUUCGGACCUGUGAUGUCCGUGCUGCCCUUUGAUACCGAGGAGGAAGUUCUGCAGAGAGCCAACAAUACAACAUUCGGGCUUGCUUCUGGGGUCUUCACCAGGGACAUUACCCGUGCCCACCGUGUGGCUGAGAACCUGCAGGCAGGAACCUGUUUCAUCAACAACUACAACAUCAGCCCCGUGGAGGUGCCCUUUGGUGGAUACAAGAUGUCAGGUUUCGGCAGAGAGAACGGCCAGGUGACGAUUGAGUACUACUCGCAGCUGAAGACUGUGGUGGUUGAGAUGGGCGAUGUCGACAGCCUCUUUUAGACGUCUGUUAGGACACCAGCCAUUGAACCUCACACUCACACUACAGGGUCCAUUCUUGCUAGAGUCCUUUUAUUAGGUGAGAAGGCCUACUGCUCCCGAUGUGCCAUAAAUAUAAAUGGAAUCUUUGUCUGACUAAUCUGCUCAUGGCUAAAUGUUAAACCAUCUAGUUGUUCCCCACGUUGUGUUAAAUAUGCAGAAAAGGCUGUGGAAAAUGCAUGGCCUUAUCAGAAAAAUAAACUUAUUUCAAAAUUCCCAACAGGAGCUUUUUAAAAAAAAACAAAAAAACGAUCAUGUU